GCCCCUCCCCUCCCUUGUAUGUUAGUCACUUGAUCUUCUUAGUAUAAAUACUACUAGUUUCCUUCAUAGUUUUAGAAUCAGGGUCCAGCUCCAAUUGAGCUUUUUUCCCCCUUUUUUACUCAUUCCUCAAUCUCUCAUUCUUCUCCAUCCCAAAAACUAAAAUCAUCAUCUUUGCUAGUAAAACCAAGAAUCAUGGCUGAUCAACAGGUAAAGCAAGUGUCAAAAAGAAAAAGCAACAUUUCAAGAAAGUGUGUUUCUCUGAUUAAAGAACAACGAGCCAGGCUUUACAUUGUACGUCAAUGUGCCACUAUGCUUCUCUGUUGGUAUAUUCAAGGGGAUGAUUAAAUUCAUCCUCAAUCCCAAAGUCUAAACUCCACAACUACUACAAUAAAACAUACUACCAAAAUGACCGUACUCUACUAUACGUCUAUGGCCUUAACUUACCUUGUUUCUACUUGUAUACAUAUGUCUUGCCCUGUGCUUUCCCCUUUUUGGCUUCACCCAUCACGAGUGUUAAGCAAACCAUCAUUUUCACAUGCUUGAUCACGUCAGGGGGGCGUGUUGAAGAUACAACAAGUAAGUAAAUAAAAGUGUACUCUCUCUAAUAGCUUAAGCUUUUUGGAUGAGAUGGUCACACGCUUCAACUUCAACACGUACAGUAGCUGAUCCUGUUCGUCUUCCCUAGUUUCUUAAGGGUCUGUCCAGUUAUUCUGUCUUUUUUGAUCAUGUGCUACUUUUUUCACUUUUUUUAUCCAAUGGGUGCAAAUGCCCCAUCUGGGUUUUUGAGCACAUGAACAAAUUAACAGAAGAGACUUGUAGAUGGGCACUUUGAAACAGAGGUUUUUGGGCAAACAGAGGAAGCUGACAAAAGAGGGAAAUUCCAAGCAUAUGGUGGACAGAAAAUCAAACUGGUGGCACAGCAAGAUCUCGUUAUAUAUCUAAUCUGAAAGGCUGUUUUUAUAUUUUAUGUAACAAAAGUGUAUAUGUUAUUGUAAUGCAAUCCACUAUGUUUUUACCUCACUUAAAUUUUCCAGUAUGUGUUGGAGCAAAUAUAGAAGCUCAUGUAAUGAAGUCCAGAAGAACAGGGAUGAUUUUUACAGUCAUUGUAUGAUACAUCCACUGUUAUAAAUAAAAAGGGCUGUGUUGGCAGCCCUUAAUGGAAUAAAAUAACGGUUUUAUGUUUAA